AUGCCGACGCAAGCACAAGUGCCGCCCGUACUCAACAUAAGCGACCGUGACCUAAUCCGCUGCAGCAACACUGCGCCCGGGCCCGACGGCGUGCGAUACUCCAACUGGAGGAAGUUUGAUGUGGGAGCCCAGAUCAUCGCAGUAGUCCUGAACUGUGCCAGGCGCCUAAAGCACACUCCAAAGGCAUGGACAACCUCAGUCACUAUCCUAAUCCACAAGAAGGGUAGUCGUGAGGAUGUAUCAAACUGGCGACCCAUCUCGCUAUCGAACACAAUAGCCAAAAUCCAUACGUCGGUACUGGCUGAAAGGCUGGGCGCUUGGGCUGCAAGAAAUCACAGACUGGGCGAAAGCCAGAAGGGAUUCCUGCAGAUGGAUGGAUGCGCGGAGCACAACUUCGUCCUGCAAUCGAUAAUCGCUGACGCAAGAAAGAACCGAAGACAGUGCUGCGUGGCUUGGCUCGAUCUUGCCAACGCCUUCGGAUCAAUACCCCACGAGACGAUCUUCCAGUCACUGGAAUGGUCCGGCCUGAGCGACAACUCGAUAGACGUUAUCCGACGACUAUACGAGAAUAACACAACGUCGAUCAGGAGCAGCACUGGUCCAACACCCGCCAUCCACAUCACAUCUGGAGUAAAGCAGGGUUGCCCACUAUCACCAAUUAUUUUCAACCUGGCAAUUGAGCCAAUUCUCCACGCCAUCACAGCCAGUGGGGGCGGAUACCGUUUGAUGGGCAAGAAAAUCAAUUCGCUGGCAUACGCUGACGACAUGGCCAUAAUCGCUGAGAAUCCACCUGAUCUCCAGCGACUACUGGACACAACCACAGAAAUGGCCAACUGGGCAGGGUUAUCCUUCAACACAAAGAAAUGCGCAACCCUCCACAUCGACGGCCGGCGCAAGCAAGCUAUUACAACCGCUUUUAACAUCCAAGGCGGCGAACCAGCGAUCUUAGGUGAACACGAACUAUACGAACACCUUGGAGUUCCUACGGGCUACCACACAGCCAACUCCGCAGACAAAGUGCUCCAGGCAAUGAGUCGAAACUUAGGGAAAGUCGACAACUCUCUACUAGCACCAUGGCAGAAAUGCGACGCCAUUAACACCUUCGUGCUCCCAUGCCUGUCAUUCCAUCUGAAGAACGGAGUGGUGCCCAAAACAGAACUCUCCAAGCUCGACAGAGAGCUGAAGAUCGCUGCUAAGAAAUGGCUAAACCUGCCCCAACGAGCAAGCGUCGAACCCCUCUACAUGAGCUAUAAAAUGGGAGGGGUCAAUCUUAUGCCAAUGAACCAGAUGGCCGACAUCAGCCAAAUAACACACGCAGCAAGAUUGCUAGACUCUGCAACAGUGGGAAGCCUGGCCAAACUACUGCUGCAGCAGUCGGUUACUCAACGCCUGCGUAGAGAUGGCACCAACAGUGAGCUGGCCGAAUACCUAAACGGCUCCAUGGCUGGGGACUUCAAAAAUGAGUCCAUCGACGUCACGAACACAUUCACUCGACUCAGGACUGCCACAACGCGGCUCCGCAGAAAACACCCAAAUGUCGAGUGGAUCUCGGUGGACGGCAAACUGAAGGUGAGCAUCAACAAAUGCACGGUAAAUACCAGGGACGUGGAAGCUUCCCUUAAAAACCUGAUGAGGGAAAGCUACCGACAGCAGCUCCUUGCCAAACCCGACCAGGGCAAAGUGUACCAGGUGACGCCAGCCGCAACUGCACCAAACCACUUUAUGCGCAGCGGCGACUUCACCAGGUUCGCCGAAUGGCGCUUUGUCCACAGAGCAAGGCUGGACUGCGUCCCACUCAAAGGAGCUCGGAGGCACGGGAAUGGCGACAAGAGAUGCCGGAGGUGCGGACAUGCCAACGAAACAUUACCGCAUGUCCUGAACCACUGCAAACCGCAUUUCGCCGCCAUGACCAGACGACACGACGCUGUGCUCAACAGGAUAACCAAGGCGUUUAAACCACCUGGCGACACAGUGGUCAAGGUCAACCGCACGGUGCCCGGCUUCGACGACGGUCUACGACCCGACCUACUGAUCACGAACAUCAACGAGAAAACGAUGACUCUGGUGGACGUCGCAAUCGCAUUCGAAAACCGGUACACGGCUUUCGAGGCGACCAGGGCUGAGAAGUUGCGGAAAUACAAACACAUCGCCGACGACUUUAUUGCCCGGGGUCAACCGUACGCUGCCCGGCUUCAACGAAGGUCGACGGUGGUGGACGUCGCAAUCGCAUUCGAAAACCAGUACAAGGCUUUCGAGGCGACCAGGGCUGAGAAGUUGGGGAAAUACCAACACAUCGCCGACGACUUCAUUGCCAGGGGUUACGACGUCCACAUGGACGAUUUUAUCAUCGGCUCUCUCGGAGGCUGGGACCCGGAAAACGAGAGAACGCUGAGCCGCCUGGGGCUGGGAAGACGCUACUGCCACCUGAUGCGACGACUCAUGUGCACGGAGACCAUCCGCUGGAGUCGGGACGUCUACGUGGAACACGUGACGGGCAACCGACAGUACCAGGAGGCAAACCGAGGCGAUCAAUGA